ACUCGUGUAACGUGCAUAGUGACACGUAUGUGAAUUAUUCCGGUAUAUUAUUAAAUAUAAAUAAUCGCAUUAAAACUGCCAGUCAUAAUGUUUCCUAUUAUAGUAAUACUUUAUUUAAAUGAACAAAAAUUGAAUUUAAGGUAUUCGUUGAAAUAAAAUUAUUUAUUUUUGUUAUUUUAUCGUUGUUCCAACGGAUAAUGUUCAACGAUAAAGACAACGAGUCGGCGAAAAAUGUUGAUGAUUCGAAUACGAUUAUUACAACAAGCUCAGGAAGUUACAACGUGGCGAACAAAUCGUCGCCAAUUUCUUCAUCGAUAGAAGAAAAAUUCAUUAGCAAGAUGUUUUCUUGUUCAAGAGAAACUUUAUGUAUUUUUUUGGCUGUUAUAUUAAGCAUUACGAUUGCCGCCUUACAUAGCGCACCUCCAAAGAUUUCUAAACCCCCACCAGCUAAACCAUUUUUCAAUAAAAGCUCAAUAAUAAUAGAUUUUUAUAAGGGACAGCUUGGUGCUAUGAUUGAUAAAGCAUCCGAUUCUGAUGUCAGUUUGAUUAUGUACUAUGCUCCAUGGGACUCCGAAUCUCAAAUACUUAGAAAAGAAUUUGAACAAGUUGCUCAUUACUAUAAUUCUCAGGUGUUUUUUGCAGCUAUUAAUUGUUGGCAUCCAGGUUCAGAAUGUAGGAAACUUUAUAACAAAAUUCAAAGUUAUCCUGUAAUAAUUCUCUACCCCAAAAAAGAGCCUGGAAUUCAAUACAAUGGAAUUCAUGAGGCACCAUACAUAAUGCGUUUUCUUGAAGGAUUUUUAAAUCCAAUUAAAAAAAUAUCAAGUAAACAAGAUUUAAUAGAGCUUUUAAUUGAAAACGAUUCAGUUGUGGUGGGAUUCUUCAAUUUUAAAGGAAUAAACGUGAGUCCUGGAUAUAGAGAAUUUUAUAAAGCUGCUGUACAAUCUUUACAAAAAGAUCCUAAUAGAGAUGUGAUAUUUGCUGCUGUUACAAAUGUUAAAAUUGCUUCAGAACACUUUGGUAUUAAUCAUACGCCUGCAAUUAGUUUAUAUUUGUGGAAUGAAUCAAUAAUUUAUCCUCAAGAUAAAUCAUGGUCUGCUGAUAGUAUUAUUCGUUGGAUGGAAGAAUCAACUCAUAAAGUGUCUUUGUGGUUGCAACCUCCUGGAGUUAAAUCAUCGACAAUUGCUCCUUAUUUGAUGAGUGGACCUGUUUUACUUCUUUUCACUCCACGAAAUCCGUUUCAUAGUACCAACUAUUAUCACGAACUGGUAAGAGAGGUAGCAUUACAAUAUUACAGUUGUGAAAAUAUCCCAUCAACUGAUAAACUGAUAGAAUAUCUUCGUGACAAACGUCGAAAAGAUGUAGAUCAAUACCAUCAGAAAAUGAAAUUUUGUUCGAAUAUUUUAUCAGAAUCAAAAACACUUCCUACUGUAUUUCCUGUAAGUCUUUCAGUACAACAAUGGAUUAAUAAGAGUUGCUGUGCUAAAAUUUUUAUGAAUAAAUGUCUUCUUUGUAAAAAUGAAGGCUUCUUUGGAGAUAAAGUUUGUAGUAUUAAUAAUUUACGUCCAUUACCAGAAAUUUGUAAAAUAAAGGAUGUUUUCAAGAUGGUAAAUAAUGAUAAAGAUUAUCUAGAAAACGAAAAUUAUUGCUGUGAUAAUUUUCUUGAAGCAGAAUCACAUAAAGAAUCAUGGAGUAAACCGAUAAAUAAAUAUUCGACUUCUAUGAUUUCACAAGAAAAUGACUUUCGUUCAUCAAUUAAAAUACGUCAACAAUUUAUUGAAAAUGAUUGUUUGAAAUUUUUAGCAGGCAAUAAAUAUCAUAAUCCAAUUUUUAUCAAUGAACCAAUUGAUAAUCGUACUAUGAAUAUCAAAUUGAGCUCAUCAGCUUGUGAUGUGAAUAGAACUUUAGCAUUUAUUACGAUAGAUAGUUUACACUACUUUCAUUUUUCUGAGGGUCUUGGAAUUGAUGUUUUAAAAAUGAAAGAUAAAACUGCAGUAGUUAUUCUAGAUUCUGAGCAAGAAAGUCAGUAUUUGAUGGAAGACUCCUUUACUUUAGAUAAUUUAAUAAAUUUUAUAAAUAAAUUCACGAAUGGAUCUUUAAAACGAACAUUACGAACAGAUAGUUCAAGAAGAUAUGCACGUGAUUCAUAUUCUAGAGUCAAGUGUCCAGAAAAAAAUCCAUCAGAAAUUUGUGUUCCAGAAUUAAAUACUCAAAAUUUUUUACCAACAAUUUUAGAUUCGACUAAAGAUGUUGUUGUUAUGUAUCACUCACCUUAUUGUGCAUUUUGUAGUGCUAUUUCUUAUGUUUAUUUGACUGUUGCACAUUUACUAUCUCAAGUAAAUCAAUUGUAUUUUGUAAGAAUUGAUGGAGAUAACAAUGACUUUCUUUGGGAAUAUACGAUGGAUCGAUAUCCAUCAAUUUUAUUCUUUCCGGCUAAAAAGAAAGAUGAUAGUACAAUAUAUCCAUCAAUGUUACCAAUCACCAUUCCCAAUUUAUUGAAUUUCGUGAUCGCUAAUUUAGAAAUGGAUAAACAAAUCGAGGCUCUAAUAAAUGUAUGUCAUAUUGGUGCUGGAGAAUAUCCAGGCACAUGUAUUUCGAGAGUUCGUGCAUUAUGUUUGGACACAAUUCAGACUUACCUGAAGAAAUAUCGGAGAAUAAUGAGACAAAAAAAUUUAUUACCCAAACCAGAUGUAAAAAAUAAACAACGUGAAAUUCUACUGAAAUUGGAACAUGUGUGGAACAUUCACCUGCUUCUUGGAUCAGUUGAAGACUUAAAAAAUGACAAAAAAUAUAUGACUAUUUUUGAUAAGUAUAAAAAUUAUUACAAAAAUUUAAAAUUAAUUGAGAAAAAUUUUUAAAUAAUCAUGAAAAUAUAUACGAGAGAAAAAAUUAAACAUGAUCAAGAAUUUAUUUGUAAUAUCAUUAGUAAUUAUCAAUUUUCCUAAUAAUUAGCAUUAAGUAU